GAGUGCACCUCUUUCGUAGAGGUACCACGCGCAAGUCUUAUCGGGAGGCUCUGCGAGAGAGCAGCGCGAAGCGAUGGCUUCUGGGCCCGGGGGCGGACCGUAUCGCGUAGCCGGAAGCGGGGGCGAGGAGGCGGGUCUGAGGUUUGGUUGCUGCGGCGCAGGCAGCGGGCAGCUGUCUGUCUUGCUCAUUUUGACAGCCCCCAGUGCGAACGGCUGCCACCAUGUCAUCAGUGAGCCCCAUCCAGAUCCCCAGCCGCCUCCCGUUGCUGCUCACCCACGAGGGCGUCUUGCUGCCCGGCUCCACCAUGCGCACCAGCGUGGACUCGGCCCGCAACCUGCAGCUGGUGCGGAACCGCCUGCUAAAGGGCACGUCGCUGCAGAGCACCAUCCUGGGCGUCAUCCCCAACACACCUGACCCCGCCAGCGACGCGCAGGACCUGCCGCCGCUGCACAGGAUUGGCACAGCUGCACUGGCCGUUCAGGUUGUGGGUAGUAACUGGCCCAAGCCCCACUAUACUCUGUUGAUUACAGGCCUGUGCCGUUUCCAGAUUGUACAGGUCUUAAAAGAGAAGCCAUAUCCCAUUGCUGAAGUAGAGCAAUUGGACCGACUUGAGGAGUUUCCCAGCACCUGUAAAAUGAGGGAGGAGCUAGGAGAACUAUCGGAGCAGUUUUACAAAUAUGCAGUACAAUUGGUUGAAAUGUUGGAUAUGUCUGUCCCUGCAGUUGCUAAAUUGAGACGUCUUUUAGAUAGUCUUCCAAGGGAAGCUUUACCAGACAUCUUGACAUCAAUUAUCCGAACAAGCAACAAAGAGAAGCUCCAGAUUUUAGAUGCUGUGAGCCUAGAGGAGCGGUUCAAGAUGACUAUACCACUGCUUGUCAGACAAAUUGAAGGCCUGAAAUUGCUUCAAAAAACCAGAAAACCCAAGCAAGAUGAUGAUAAGAGGGUUAUAGCAAUACGCCCUAUUAGGAGAAUUACACAUAUCUCAGGUACUUUAGAAGAUGAAGAUGAAGAUGAAGAUAAUGAUGACAUUGUCAUGCUGGAGAAAAAAAUACAAACGUCUAGUAUGCCAGAGCAGGCCCAUAAAGUCUGUGUCAAAGAGAUAAAGAGACUCAAAAAAAUGCCUCAGUCAAUGCCAGAAUAUGCUCUGACUAGAAAUUAUUUGGAACUUAUGGUAGAACUUCCUUGGAACAAAAGCACAACUGACCGCCUGGACAUUAGGGCAGCCCGGAUUCUUCUGGAUAAUGACCAUUAUGCCAUGGAAAAAUUGAAGAAAAGAGUGCUGGAAUACUUGGCUGUCAGACAGCUGAAAAAUAACCUGAAGGGCCCAAUCCUGUGCUUUGUUGGCCCUCCUGGGGUUGGUAAAACAAGUGUGGGAAGAUCAGUGGCCAAGACUCUAGGUCGAGAGUUCCAUAGGAUUGCACUUGGAGGAGUAUGUGAUCAGUCUGACAUUCGAGGACACAGGCGCACCUAUGUUGGCAGCAUGCCUGGGCGCAUCAUCAACGGCUUGAAGACUGUGGGAGUGAACAACCCAGUGUUCCUAUUAGAUGAGGUUGACAAACUGGGAAAAAGUCUACAGGGUGAUCCCGCAGCAGCUCUGCUCGAGGUGUUGGAUCCUGAACAAAACCAUAACUUCACAGAUCAUUAUCUAAAUGUGGCCUUUGACCUUUCUCAAGUUCUUUUUAUAGCUACCGCCAACACCACUGCCACCAUUCCAGCUGCCUUGUUGGACAGAAUGGAGAUCAUUCAGGUUCCAGGGUAUACACAGGAGGAGAAGAUAGAGAUUGCCCAUAGGCACUUGAUCCCCAAGCAGCUGGAACAACAUGGGCUGACUCCUCAGCAGAUUCAGAUCCCCCAGGUCACCACUCUUGAUAUCAUCACCAGGUAUACCAGAGAGGCAGGGGUUCGUUCUCUGGAUAGAAAACUUGGGGCCAUUUGCCGAGCUGUGGCCGUGAAGGUGGCAGAAGGACAGCAUAAGGACGCCAAGUUGGAUCGUUCUGAUGUGACUGAGAGAGAAGGUUGCAGAGAACACAUCUUAGAAGAUGAAAAACCUGAAUCUAUCAGUGACACUACUGACUUGGCUCUACCACCUGAAAUGCCGAUUUUGAUUGAUUUCCAUGCUCUGAAAGACAUCCUUGGGCCCCCGAUGUAUGAAAUGGAGGUAUCUCAGCGUUUGAGUCAGCCAGGAGUAGCAAUAGGUUUGGCUUGGACUCCCUUAGGUGGAGAAAUCAUGUUCGUGGAGGCGAGUCGAAUGGAUGGCGAGGGCCAGUUAACUCUGACCGGCCAGCUCGGGGACGUGAUGAAGGAGUCCGCCCACCUCGCUAUCAGCUGGCUGCGCAGCAACGCAAAGAAGUACCAGCUGACUAACGCUUUUGGAAGUUUUGAUCUUCUUGACAACACAGACAUCCAUCUGCACUUCCCAGCUGGAGCUGUCACAAAAGAUGGACCAUCUGCUGGAGUUACCAUAGUAACCUGUCUCGCCUCACUUUUUAGUGGGCGGCUGGUACGUUCAGAUGUAGCCAUGACUGGAGAAAUUACACUGAGAGGUCUUGUUCUUCCAGUGGGUGGAAUUAAAGACAAAGUGCUGGCGGCACACAGAGCGGGACUGAAGCAAGUCAUUAUUCCUCGGAGAAAUGAAAAAGACCUUGAGGGAAUCCCAGGCAAUGUACGACAGGAUUUAAGUUUUGUCACAGCAAGCUGCCUGGAUGAGGUUCUUAAUGCAGCUUUUGAUGGUGGCUUUACUGUCAAGACCAGACCUGGUCUGUUAAAUAGCAAACUGUAGGCCCAAAUCUCAACUUUUUAGAAUUUUAAGUUAUGAAGUGCUCAAAGGUACUGACACGAUUGAUUUUAUUCACACCAUUAGGAGUAUGCAAGAUGUCCCUGUUUCGUAGCCAUAAUCACAACAGUAAUAAACCAAGUAGUGGCUAGUGUUUAGUAUAGAAACAUAAGAUGUUGAUUUAGUAAACUGAUAAAAAUCGAA